UACCCCAAUGGCCCUGCACCCCAGGACUGCCCCAGUACCCUCCCAAUCCCUCCUACCUACCCCAGGAACUGCCCCCCGGUACCCUCAUACCAACCAGUACCCCAGGAACUGCCCACUGGUACCCUCAUACCAACCAGUACCCCACUGGUACCCUCGUAUCCCCCGGUACCCCAGGAUGUGCCCCGGCUCUGCACCCCUGCACCGCCCCAGCACUCCAGCUGCUGCGCCGGUACCCCGGUACCCCACUGAUACCCUGAUAACUGCCAUGGCCCUGCAUCCCUGGUGCUCCAGAAGCUGCCCCCAGUACCCUCCUAAUCCCCCCCUCCCCGUACCCUGGUGCCCCAUAACUGCCUCCUGCACCCCGGUACUCCCUGGUUAUCACACCCCCCCACGCCGGCACAGCCUUGUGCCCCCAGCCAGCCCAGCGGGUCCCACAGGUGCUGUCAAGCACGGAGGAGAUGGUAGAGCUGUACCGGGAGCUGAGCUGGCACCCAGGGCUCAGCGCUGCCUGCCUCAGCCCCGAUGUCAUCACCCAGGACGGGGGCAAGUACUGCAGCCUCUACACUGAGUGGUCACAGCGGGACCUGGCACGGGCCGAAAAUGUCAAGUUCUGCCGCCAGUACCUGAUCUUCCACGAUGGAGCCUCCAUUGCCUCUUCGGGGCACAUCGGCACCUGCUCUGAGAUCAAGGACGAGCUGCUGAGUCGGGAGUCCCCCAGCGGGGACCUGAAGGCCAUCCUGCGCAAGGUCCCCGGCAAGGAGAAGGAGAAGCAGUUCCUGGAGAUCUGGGAUCAGAAUCGCAAGGUCAAGAGCAUCAACCUGACAGUGCUGGACAAGCAUGGCAGUGUCUAUGAUGAUGACCAGUUUGGCUGCCUGGCCUGGUCGCACUCGGAGACCCACCUGCUCUAUGUGGCGGAGAAGAAGCGUCCCAAGGCCGAGUCCUUCUUCCAGAGCAAAGCCCCCGAGCUGGGCACCUCCGAUGAGGACGCGGGGCUACCCAAAAAGAAUGACAGGCCCCUCAAGGGCGAGCAGUUUGUAUACUACGAUGACUGGGGGGAGGCACUGAGCACCCGCAGCAUGCCUGUCCUCUGCACCCUGGACAUCGAGGGCAGCAGUGUCUCGGUGCUGGAGGGCGUCCCGGAGCACCUCUCUCCUGGCCAGGCUUUCUGGUCCCCCGGCGACACUGGUGUGGUGUUCGUGGGCUGGUGGCAUGAGCCCUUCCGCCUGGGGCUGCGGCACUGCACCAACCGCCGGUCAGCACUCUUCUACGUGGACCUGACAAGUGGGAGAUGCAAACUGCUCUCUGAGGACACCAGGGCCGUGUGGUCCCCGCGGCUCAGCCCCGACUGCUGCCGCAUCGUCUACCUGGAGAAUGAUGCCCUGGGCCCCCACCAGCAGUGCAGCCGCCUCCGCAUGUACGACUGGUACACCAAGCACACCAGCACGGUGCUGGAGGCUGUGCCGCGGCAGGCGCAGGGUGAGUGCAACCCUGGGGGCAGUGGGAGGGGCGCCGGGGGGUCCUCCCCCCCUAGCUCCCCCCCCACCCUGAAAGUGGCCAUCCUGCCCAGCGCUGGCCAGGAAGCGCAGGCGCGGUGGGUCUGCCUGCAGGACGAACACCCCGUGCCAGGCAUCAGCUGGAACAUCCGCACCCUGCAGCCCCCGCCGGAGCAGGAGCACCCCCAGUACAGGGGCCUGGACUUCGAUGCCAUCCUGCUGCGCCCAAGCAAGGGCCCUGCUGCCCAGAAGCCCCCCCUGGUUGUGAUGCCCCACGGGGGUCCCCACUCCGUCUUUACGGCUGGGUGGAUGCUGUACCCGGCAGCACUCUGCCGUAUGGGCUUCGCCGUGCUGCUGGUCAAUUACCGUGGCUCGCUGGGCUUCGGCCAGGACAGCGUGGCCUCCCUGCCGGGCAACGUGGGCACUCAGGACGUACGCGAUGUGCAGCUCUGUGUGGAGCGGGUGCUGCAGGAGGAGUCGCUGGAUGCUGGCCGAGUGGCGCUGGUGGGUGGCUCACACGGGGGCUUCCUGGCGUGCCACCUCCUCGGCCAGUUCCCCGACACCUACCACGCCUGCGUGGUCCGCAACCCCGUGGUGAACAUCGCCUCCAUGGUGGCUGCCACCGACAUCCCUGACUGGUGCCUGACGGAGACGGGGCUCUCCUACACGCCCGACACCCUGCCGGACCCAGCCCAGUGGACAGAGAUGCUGUGCAAGUCGCCGAUGCGCUACAUUGACCGGGUCCGUGCACCCGUGCUGCUGAUGCUGGGGGAGGAUGACCGGCGUGUGCCCCCCAAGCAGGGGCUGGAGUAUUACCGUGCCCUCAAGGCCCGGGGGGUGCCCACACGACUGCUCUGGUACCCGGGGAACAACCACGCGCUGGCUGGCAUUGAGGCCGAAGCUGAUGGCUUCAUGAACAUGGCACUGUGGCUGCUCAAGCACCUGCGGUGCUAACAGCCCCCCAAUAAAAGGUGUAGCUCUACCCCCCUGUUGUCUCCCAUGGCGGUGCCCAUGCCAGUGUUGCCACUGCUCCCAGUGCCCCAGGGGCUGGUGGCCACCGGACUCCUCUCCUGCGCAGGUUGGCGUGCGGGCUGCUGAGGACGCGGUGUGCCGCAGUGGAGGUGAGCG